AUGUUUUUUUUUCUACUUACGAUAUUUAUUUAUUGCAGUGAUGAAAAUCGAUGUUGUACACUUGAAAAUAAUAACGAAUCAAGUAUCAAAAACGAUACUUUAAAGGAUGAAUUUUGUAAUAAACUUCCUAAGAGUGUUGAUUUUAGUGAUUUAGAUAAAGAUACUUCAAAAGUAGUUAAUAUUAUUGAUGGUAAAGAGCAAUUUGCAAAAAGCUGUGAUUUAAAGAAAAAAUUAAUAGAUUUUAAGAAAGAGUUUUUUAGUUUAAUAAACAAAAAUGAAUUUAGUUUGGAUAAAAUAUUAACUACUAUCCUAGUUUUUAGAGAUUUGGAAAGUAUAAAAAUGGAUUCAAAUAUUAGUGAUUUUUUUAAUGAUGUUUGGAAAGGGCAAUUUUAUUAUAAGAUGUUAGACAAUUUUAGUUGUAAGUAUAAUGACUUGUUUGAAGAUGAGUUUGGAUUAUUUUCUAAGACUCUUUCCUAUUAUUACAUUGACAAAAUAAAACGCCUUAUUAAUCCUGAAAGCUAUGAUUUAGAUGUAAAUAAGGGCUGGAGAAUAGUUUAUAAUAAAGCAUGCUAUUUUGCAGAAAAAAAAAUGAAUUUUGAUUUUGAUCUAUCCUCUAGAAUUUAUGAAAGUUGUUUGUUUGCAAGUUUUGAGAAUGUUUACACAGCAUUAUCAUCAAUUAUUGAUUAUACUCUAUAUAAUUUUAGAUAUAAAUUUGAAAGUCGAGUUAAAUUUAUACACGAGAUACCUGCUAUUAGUGAAAACGAUAAAAAUUCGUAUAUAAGAUUUAUGAAGGAUAUUUUUAAUGAAGUAUUUAAAAGCUAUUGUUCUUUGCCAGAUUCAAUUAGGUUUUCUAACAAUAUCUUAAUAUAUUAUUCUUUUUUAAAAUACGUAAAAGAAAAAACAAAGAUCUAUGAUGGAAAAUUUGCUAAGCGUCUUAUUAAGAAAUCUAAAAAAGCAAAUAAUGCAAGAUGUACCGAUCAAUUUGAAAAAGAUAAGAAUAAUUGUUUUAAUUUGUUGCAAAGUCACAUUAUAUUACUCAAUAAUUACUUAGGUAUUUUAUCAAUUAUAUCUCAGCGACGUAUUCAAGAGAUUGAAAUUAGAUUUCCAGUUUUAAAAAGUUUUCCAAAGGACAUUUUUGUUGAUUCUGGACAGCAUAAAGAAAAUAAUUUUGUCUAUCCUGUUACUGUUUAUGAGAUCAAUAAAAAUUCUGAAUCUUUUGAGAUAAUUUCAGCGGUUUUUAAUAAUGUUUUUAAUCAAGAAUUGGCACCUACAAAUACUAAGAAAAAACAUUCAAAUAUAGAAGAAGAUAAUAUUAAUUUUUUAACUGCCCUUUUUAAACACGGUGAAGAAAGGAUUUUUAGUAGUUUUCGAAAUUAUUUUUGUGCGACAGUAGUUUCUUUUAAUAAACAUUUUUAUUCAAACAAAGAAGUUGUAGAAAUUAGCGACGAGUCUAAUUCUAAAAUAGAGGAAUUUUUUUUGGAUCUUUAUAAAACAUCGUUUAUAUACUAUGAGUUUAUUGAGAGGUUUGUUAAGUAUAAAGAAGAAAAAUGGGUUUGUCCGGAUGCAGAAAAAAAAAGUUUUUUUUUAAAUUUAAAAAAUAACAUGAAAAACGAAUAUAUAGACUGGUCUCAAAUGGAUCUAGCUUUCGUGGCAUUUUAUAAAAUUAGUAUUUUUAGUAAGAAAGCAUUGGAAAACAAAUUGUUUAAAAAAGAAAGCAAAAUAUAA